UUCAACUUUUUUUUAUAAAUUUCAAUUUCUUUUUCAGGCUCCUUUGCUGUUGUAGCCCUAAUGAGUAAUGUUGCAAUGAAUAGAUUAUUUGACGCUAGGAGAGAAUUGUUUAACAAUUUUAAUAAUGCUUCAGAUUUAAAUACUUCCCCUCUUUCCCCUAUAAUUGUUUCUUCAACACUAGCUUGCUGCAUUGGUCUAGUUACUUUAGCAAUGGGGAUUUUAAGGCUUGAUAUGAUUAGCACUUAUUUUUCUGAUCAAGUAGUUGCUGGUUUCACUACGGGUGCUUCUGUUCACGUUUUUGCUGCUCAACUAAAAUUUAUUUUUGGACUUUCUAGGUUACCGGCGAGGUCUGGGGCUGGGAAUUUAAUUAUGAAAUUUUAUGAUAUUUGCAAAAGAAUUCCUCAAAUACACAUUCCAACCUUUACAGUUUCUUUUUUAAAUCCUUUGCUAAAGAAGAAUUUUAAAUUAAAUGUUCCCAUCCCCUUUGAAUUAUUUUUAAUGGUCCUCGGCACUUUUUUGUCCUUUUUAUUUCAUGGACAUUCCAAAUUUGGACUGGAAAUUGUUGAUCAUAUCCCUGCAGGAAUUCCAACUCCGAUAUUGCCUGAUUUAACGUUGUUGCCUGAAUUGCUUCCGGAUGCGAUUGCUAUUGCUGCUGUGGUUAUGGCCGUUCAUAUUUCCUUAGCAAAAAUCAUUGCAAAAAAGAAGUGUUAUCGUGUUGAUCCUGGACAAGAGCUUUUUGCCCUCGGAUUUUCCUCAACCCUUUCUUCCUUCUUCCCAGUCUAUCCCGUCUCUUGUUCACUCGGUAGAACUUUGGUUAAUGUCGAAGCUAACACAAAAACUCAGCUUUCCACAAUUUUUUCUUGUACUUUUUUGGCUGCCGUAAUUCUUUAUUUUGGCCAAUGGCUUCGGACAUUGCCUAUGGCAUGCAUUUUUCGCAAGAUUGCCGACUUGCGAAGACUUUGGCCUCUUUCUCGAAUUGAUUUUUCAAUUUGGCUAGUUAGUUUUGUUUCGACUGUAUGUUGGGAUGUUAGUCAAGGAUUGGUUAUUUCUAUUGGGUUUGCUUUACUCACUACAGUUUUCCGUACCCAAUGGCCUCGUUGGCAUUUUUUGGCAAAUCUUUCCGGUACAAACGAUUUUCGAGAUGCAGAACGAUACGAGCUUAUACACACUUUUCCUGGAAUUUGUAUUUUUCGAUUUGAUUCGCCUCUACUUUUUACAAAUGUUGACAAUUUUAAAGAAACAAUUCACAAAGCUUUUCAACGUUGGAAACGUUAUCAGGGAGCUCAACUUGGAUUGCAUGUUGUGGGGAGUACUUUAAGGUUAAGACAAACAACUUCAACUCCUUCACUUCAAAUAUUUACAAAACUGGGUUCAAAUGGAAUUGUUGUCCCCGCUAAUUUGUCACCUAAAUCAAACUUGCAGCGAAAACGGGAUGAUGAUGAACAUAACCAGAAUGAACGUCAACCGGAAGAUGAAAAUAAUGAAACAAAAACUGAAGCAUUUUCUCAAAGUUUUGAAAAUCAAAAAACUUUGGAAAAAAUUGGUUCCUUUGACAGUCCCCAACAUUUACAUUUUAUAGUAGAUUGUUCUGGUUUUACUUUUGUUGAUUGUAUGGGGGUUAAUGCUUUGAAGGAGAUUUUUACUGAAAUGCGUCAACAACGUGUUAGAGUAUAUUUUGCAGCGGCUAAAGCCCCAGUUCGCGAUUUAUUCGAAAAAUGCGGAUUUUAUGAAUAUGUCCCAAAACGCAAUUUUUACCCAACAAUUAGAGAUGCUGUUGCUAUUGCUAGAAUGAGAAGGAACGCUUCUUCACAAAAUUUAUUGGACGAAUCAGUUAUUCAUCGUGUAUAUGAUGAAAUUGAAACAAUGCAGAUAACACAACCAGAACAAUAA